AGCGCUGCCAUGUUUGUGCUCCGGCCGCGGAAGGGAACCACUGUCGCAUAGACGCUGCUCGGCGGCUCGGAUCGAAUCUCGUGUUGUCGCCCGAGUGAACCACGAAACAUUAAAUGCGACCCACACGCGUGUAGUCCAAGUGAGAGCGGGACGCGCGGUGCACGAUGUCGGCCAACGCACAGGAAUAUGGCUUCGGCGAAUAUGACAAACCAGGUGCUGAGCGGUCACGCAGGAGGAGAGGAGAAGAUGAUGAUCUAGAGAGUGAUUUGGAAGAGGAAUUGUUGGGGGAUGAUUGGCUCUCAGGUAAAAAGAAUCCAUCAGAAGUCUCAGACGAAGAGUUAAAUGAUGACCUCCUACAAAGUGAUGAGGAAAUGGGUGGUCAGGAGCUGAACGUCAAUGCCACAUACAACCUGGGCACAACCUAUGGUCAGCAGGGAAACUUGCAGGCAGCAGACUACACAGAUGACGUUGUGAACCUGGGUGCAGAGGGCUGUGAAGUAGGGGAGGAGGGGUACCAGGGGGAGGUGUACACAGGGGAAUACAGCCAGGACAACAACGCUGGGAUGCCUGAAGACCAGAUGGAUUACACUGGAGAACUCGCAGAAGAUGGCUACCAGGAUGAAGUGUUAGACAUCCAAAUCAAUGAACCCUUAGAUGGGGAUUUUCAAGGUAAUGAAUAUCAAACCUCCUAUGAUGAUGAACACGGAGUCCAACAGGAGGCGGCCCCCGAGGAGAUGGGGGGAGAAGAGCAGCAGGAAGAGGAGGAGGAAGAUGCUGCAGAGAGCUCGCAGGUCUUUGAUUCAGAGGAGGUUGAAAACGAAACUAUGCAUGAAGACACAACAAAGGAAGAAUCCGAUGAGGAGGAUGAGGAAGAUGAAGAGUCCGGUCGCAUACGGUUCAAAUCGGAGAGAAAGGACGGCGCUGUUGUGCGGUUGGCUGAUGCCGGCAGUAACAGGAGAAAUAUCCCUGAAACACUAGAACUGUCGGAGAAAGCAAAGCGGGAUCUGAUGGAGUUUGAGGAACAAGAAAGACAGAAGAGACAAAACCGCUACGGAGGUCGAGGUGGUAGAGGAGGAGGAGGAGGAGGAGGAGGAGGAGGCGGUCGAGGAAAUAGAGGAAGAGGAGGAUUCCAAGGCUUCGGAAUGGGAGAUUUUAGAGGAGGACACAGAGGAAGAAUGAAUGACCAGAGAAUACCCCUCAUGGGAAACAUUGGCAUGCAGCAGCAGUCUUCCCGAAUGCCUCCUCCUCAUCAGUCUCAUCAGCAGCAACUGCACUCCCAGCAGCACCACCCUUCACGUCCAAGAGGACCACCUCCCUUCCAAGACCACGGGCGCCCACUGUCCCAGCAGCCCCUUCAGCCCCUCAUCCCCCUGCACAUGGCUCACCGCUCCCCGCCGAUGCGGCCCCAGAUGGAGCCGCCACCACGAAUGAUGAGCUCCCCGCCACCUAACUUCCCCCAGCAUCACCAGCAGCCACCUCCUCAGUCCAAAAACAUCCACAUUAACCCCCAUUUCAGAGGGCCCACGUCAUCCUCUGUACAAGUGCCCUUGAUGCCUCCUGCUCAGAGCCAGCCCAGACCUGCUGUGGGUCCUCAGAGGUUCCCUGGACCGGGAGACUUCCAGCAGCACAUGCCUGGUAAUUUUGGUCAGCCCCAGCGGCCCCCUCAUCACAUGGAGCCCUUCAGAAACCAGGAUAGGGAGCCCCUCUUUAUGACAGAGCGUACAGAGUCAACACGGUUUCCAGGGCAGCACAUGUUUGAUCACCAGGGCCCCAGCCCUCUGAUGAACAGCGGCAACAACCUCCACCACCAGCACCAGCAGCAGCAGCAGCAGCAGCAGUUGCCCGGACCGGGCCACAUGGGUUUUGGCCCACCAGGGCCAGCCUUCAACCAGCCGGGCCAGGGCCAGCUAGGACUGUUUCCAAGAGAACCCCCAAGAAACAACCACCCUCCCCACCAAGGUCACCAAGGGAUGGUCGGCAUGAAUCAACAAGGUGGCCCCCCUAACCAGCCCAGACCUUUCAUGGGCCCUCGUCAGCCGUUUGGCCAGCAGGGGAGCCUUUUCCCCCCGCCACCGGUUCCGUUUGGAAUGCAGGUACGAAUGAGAGGCUUGAUGCACGCUCCUCCCGUCUCCCAACUUCCCCACCACGACUCGCUGCCAACCCAUCAGCCCAUGCACCACCAGCAGCAGCAGCAGCAACAUCAUAGGCAGGACCUACCCCAUCAUCACCAGCAGCAACAGCUAAAUCUCGGUGAACCUCGCCCCAUGAUGCACCACGGCCAGAUUCCCUUCCAUCAACAGCAGGCACACGGCAGCCCCAGGCAGAUGACUCCCCGUCCUCUGAACCCCCAACAGCGCAACAUGCCCAACAGGCAGAGGAUGAACGCACCUGGCCCCAAACAAAUGCAGCAGCGCAACAGCAACCUACGGGAGCUCCCUGUAGCACCUGGCAACACAAACAUGAACAGUGCCCGCAUCGCCUCCUCCCCCGCCGCCAACGUCAGGCCUGUUGCCAAGGCAACGCAGGGGGUGCGUCCUGGGCAGAACACUCAGCCAGUGUCUGACCGCGGCAGAGGAAGAGGCCAAGUUGCUGCCAGGACUGAAUUUCAGCUUGGGGGGGGAGGCAGGACAGUUGUUCGCAAGGAGAUCCCUACCUCGGCACCGCAGGACCCCAACGAGGACGAGGAGACGCGACAGUAUCGCCUGAAGAUUGAGGAGCAGAAGCGUCUGAGAGAGGAAAUCCUGAAGAGGAAGGAGAUGCGACGGCAAAUGCAAGCUGGCGUCAGGAAGAAGGAGCUGCUGGAAAGACUUAAUUCCCAGACAAACGCUCCAUUGGAAGGACCCCCACCUACACUGAUCCAACCUGCACAGCAAAAUCAGCAGAUACCACACCCUGUGCCACAACGGCAACUUCCACCACCACCGCAGCAGCAACAACAGCCAGAACAGAGACAACUGCAGCAGCUACCGCCACAACAGCAAAGACAGUUUCCUCCGAGAACUCCACAACCAUUUAAUCAGUCAUUAAAUAAAGUCAAUCCCAUUCCUCCUAAUGGAGCCGCUCAGCCCCUUACGCCACGUCCCAAUGUGAAGACACGGCUGCAGAUGGCGAAAGGCGGCGCCCCGCAGCCACAGAUACCCGGGCCUGUUCCCGACCAGCAGUGGAACCAGCCCCCGCAGAAUCAGUUGCAGCUGCAACAACAGAGGAGCAGCGGUCCACAGAACGUCAACAGGCCGGGCGCUCAGAUCCAGAAGAACAUACCUGUAAUUCCUGUAGUGGGGUCUGGCCAGGCUCUGAGUCAAGGACCAAAACCCGGAGCUAAAAGAACUGUGAUGCAGCGAGCCAGGACUUCUAUCGACGAAGGUCAGCCGGUGCCGCAGAAAGUCAGAGUCGUCAAACUUUCAGGAGCGAGUGAAAAGGGGCCUGAGGCCACCGGCGGCCCAGCGCAGCAACAAGGCACCUGGCCGGCCACUGCUCCCAACCCGGGCGUCCAAAGGAAGGUUACCAUGGCAGGACAGCAGCAACCGGGACCAGGCGGAACACCGCAGGCCGGCCGAGGGGGCAUAGGCAACCAGCAGCAAAACAGGGUCGUUGUGUCGGGCCGGGGCCGAGGUAGAGGGGCUGGUCUGGCGGGUCGAGGUCGUGCGGUGCCCACCAGACAGAGCCAAAGAGUCGCACAGGGCGAACGCUGCACUGUGUCCAUAGAGGGCCUCUCCUCCUCCACUACUGAUGCUCAGCUGCAGAACCUCCUCAGAUCCAUCGGGCCCAUAGAGAUGUUCAACAUGAUGCCGCACCAGAGGAAAGCAGUCGCCACGUUCUCCAGCGCCCAGCACGCAGAAAGUUUUCAAAUAAGCUUCCAUCGGCACAUGAUUGAUUUGUCCCACAUUGACGUGUCGCUGAUUGAUGGAUGAGGGGGGACGUCACUUUCUGCUGACGUGGGCACCUCUCGUGCGCGGCUCCAACUUGACACAGGAGUAUUUCUUCACCUCCCUCUCAAUCUGCGCAGAAGCAUCGCUCGCCGCUCAUCUCUCAUCAACUUGGAACAAUGAACCUAAAGACAUUUUGCCGCGAGGCCGCCUCCGUGCGACGCUGUCUACCGAUUGUCCGUUGUUGUAAAGUGGCACCGGAGAGACACUGGACAGUAAAUCCUUCUCUGACGUUAGUGUGUGAAGACCCUUUUUGUGCAUCCUACACUAAGUUGAACAAAUCAUGAUAAUGGUUGCGCCCCUCCUCAGUGAGAUUCACGUCAGCAAAAUGCAGAACGACACUUGCAAUUCUAAUGUGAAAAAUCCAUACGUUAUUUUAUUUGUAGCUCAGUGUUUACAUGCGGCGGAUGGUUGUGAUAGAUUGUGCCCGGCUUAUUCACAUUGCAGUGUUUCUCUUCUCCUGUAGAUGGCAGUAUUUCAACACUAGUGGGCCAUAUUUUUUUUUUUGGUACCCAACCGGCUUCUUUAGUAAAGAUGAGUCUUAGAGCAGCUUUGGGGUGAAUGGCGCUACCUUGUGGAGAAGUUACGUACAGGCACAGUGGUGGCCUGGGUGGAUAAUUGAACAGAGGACGUGUUGGAGCGUCAGAAGCUGAAUUAGCCCAGAAUCUAACAAUAACAAUUAUUUUCUGAAUUCCCAGCAGUCCUGGGGGUUGUGGUUGUAUAUUUUGCGGUGCGUUAAGCUUCAGUGCUGCUUGUUCAUAUCAUAUCUCUGGUUUAAGUUAGUACAUUUGGUCAUUUGGCUGCUUCUCUCUGUUAUAAGAUAUUUUAACUGUUAACACCUGGAGUGCAUCCUGGAAAAUGCACAUUUUAGUUGUAUGUCUGGAUUUUUUCGAGUUGAAGUGAGCUUUGUAAUUUGUGCUGAGUGUGCGUUGAGGGAGUGUGCUUGAAAGUAAUUUUUUUUUUUUUUUUAGGUUUUUUUAUAGUGACGAGUUUAAAUAUAUUGUUGGUGAAUUAAAUAUUUGUCUUAUUUGGUCGAUCAGAGAGAAUUGCUCGCGGCUCUUUUCGGGAUAUACACACAUUUCUUUACAUUAUUUCAGCUUGGAUAUAUAUUUGUAUUUCUCCUUUCGGAAGCAACUGAUCCGAAUCUGCGUCAGGCGAUAAUUUGAGGCUUUAUCGACGAAUGGGAUAAUGAACUUGGAAUAGCACUUUGAACAAAAACACUGAACAGGUCAUGAAGAGUUUUGACACAAGAGCACACAAGAGAAAAGGAAAUGCAUUAACCAAGAACAAACCUACACAACACGUUGAAUGUUCUCCUCAAUAUAACAGGCAUUCACUGCAGAUCCUGGACUCUGAAGAAUAAUAAUGGUUAUCUUCUAAAGGGUCAAUUUAGUUUUAAAAUGCGUGAGAAAGUGUAAAGUAACAGGCGAUUUCUCAGAGCAUGUUUAGGAAGCACUAGCACAUUGCUAAAUUCUUUAAUUUCCUUAUCAACCAAGUUACACUCAUUUACUUUUCACCAUAUUUUUCCUUUGUGACACAAAGUUUCGUGUUUAAGAUUCGUCAAACUGGAACAGGUCCUCUUAAUAUUCAAAUAUUCCUCAUCCUCGUUUACAAAUAGCUGAAAUCCGGAAAGUGAACUCUGUAGUUGAAUCGAUCGGGACGUGACGCAGGAGGGUGAGGGGGCAACCAUUAUCUCCACAGUGAUCAUGUACACCAGUAGAACAGAACUUGAAUUCAAUAUUUAUCCUGUUAGAAUUUUUUUGGUUUUGUUAAUUUCUCCUUCACUCAUGUUGUAACGAGUUAAAAACCUUUUUAUAUGUAAGGAUAAGCUGAUGUGUCCAGGCAUAGAUCAUUUUACAAGUGUUUUGUUUUUUUUUAAUUUUGAGCCAAACAUGACUGGACCACAUUUUCUGUUUAUAAGACAUUUGACUACAAGUUAAAGGGAAAACAAGAAAAAUAAAAAUAUGGCCAAUAUACCGUGAACAUGCAGGUAUGUCAAGCCGGUCAAACUUUA